AUGGAAACUCUUUUAGGAUUAAUUACUGUACGAGAUAAAGUUAUACGAAAUGAUAACAGACUUGUUUCGUCAAAUGAAUCUCAUUUGAGGCGUAAAUCACAAAUUGAUUCAAAUAGAAUUAUCAAUAUUCAAAUUGUUGAAAAACCAUUACCUGUAAAUUUCAAUCCAGUUGUAGAAAUUUCCGACAUAAACGUACAGUCAAAUCUUACUACAACAGGCAUUAUGCCCACUUCUCCAAUCGAACAAUGGACUUGUGAAGAAGUACAACAAUGGCUUCAUUUGCCACCAUCUACUCUUCAGCUGUCAUCUGGUCGAGCUUUGCUAACAUAUAUGAAGUUAUUAUCACAUGACGAUGCACAAUAUGACGAAUAUGAACACCGAAUGCGUCAUCAUGGUGUAAGUCGAAAGCAAUUUUCUAAUUUAAUAUCAUCAAUUGAAUCUGUUUGUUCAUUAAAUGAUACUAAAGCAACAUCAAACGAAUUACCUGAUCAAUGGACAUGUAGCAAGAUAAAAUAUAUUGGUUUCAGCAAAAUCAUUUAUCCGAUAAUUUAUUAA